CCUAUCUACAAGUCAAUACACGACACGUGUCAGGGGAUCACAGAGUGACGCAUCACAUACAUUUAAUGUUUCCAUAGAAAUCUUCGAAGGGAUGAGAAUCUUUGAUACCUUCACUUUGGCACCCCUCAAAUUUACGGGGUCGUGAACUGAUCCUGACGUAGUAAAUACAAAUUCGGAAGGACGAUAUAGUUAGAUACAAAAGUGACUUAUCAUCCGUCGGUUCCUUUCGAUUCGUAAGAUGAGACGGUAAGAUUCUAUACCUGAGUUUGUCGAGGCUUGACCAUAAAUGUCAAUUCGUUUCAAGGGUCGUUUUCUCGGGCAAACUGAUUCAUAGAUACGAGUUAUGUCAUCCGCUUAGAAAUUAUCUUAGAAUCUAUCAAAAUUCUAAAUACCAAUUGAUCAUUACAACCCCUCGUCUGGGUCAAACUAUUCUUUUUUCAUUCCCAGACAUCGUCCCUUAUCGCCUCUUAGGAUCGUAUCUCUGUGUGUGUGGUCGUACUGAGGGUGCGCACAGAAAGAUCACUGGUGCGGAAGAGGCUAACGCCCAACUGCUGCUGCUGCUGCCCGGCAGUUUAUGUAUCCCUGCGAAUACCACCACCACGCGAAUUUCAGUUCGAUCUCCACCCUCGCGAAAGGUUUAUAUCUCGCUUGCCAUCCCUAACCAGAUACAGCCUCGCUUUCCAGCCGCACGGAGCCACCCUCAUUGCUUAGGCAAUCGCGAAUAGGCAACAGCCACCUCUAAACGUGGUAUUUACCAAUUUUUAAGAUUCCAUUAAACAUUUUUAUACAGCGUUUUAAAAUUGCAUCCUUAACGGCUGGUGACACUAUGUUAUGGAAUGAAAUAGGUAAAGGUAUUAUACGUAUGUCGGCUCGCGAAUUCCAUGGAAUUUGUUGUGAAUGACAUUGCGCGUUAUCAUCGUCGGAAAGACUUUGGAAUGUGUAUUAGUGACAAACGAAUAAGUGAAGAAUAAAAAUUGUUAAGAAGAACGUUUACAGUAACAUGCACGUUACCUGAAGGAUACUAACAAAAAGAUGCUAGGGCGACGCUACCUAUGGCUUGUUUUCUUAUCCUGGUGGUCGUUGUUUGACCCUUCGAGGGGUUCCCGAGAGAGGCCACCAUGUGGAGAACACUUAACGAGUAUCAAAGGAGUAAUUCAUACUCCUAAUUUUCCUGGACCUUUCGAGGUGCCAUUAAAGUGUCGAUGGGUGAUCGACUCCUCGGACCAACCACCCAGUAACGGAUCCAUCAUCGUCUACCUUACGCAAUUAUUCGUCUACAAGGGACUAACCUUUACGGAGUACGCGUACUAUGAAACUGACACGUCAAAUUUGGGCGCCACUGUCAUCAAGGAAGUCACGGAGGGCAACGUUUUCGAGUUCCGAUGGUUCAAGACCUUUCGGCCUUUCUUGGUCAUUGAUUUUGAACUACAUAGACUCGAGGGUAAUCACGUCAGAGUCCUCGAUAAUCUACUAGACGUUUAUGGAUUCAACAUAACCUAUGAAAUCACCGGCGACGAACCUAAAAAUGAUUCUUGUUCUGUUCGUGAUUGUUCCUAUACUGGACACUGUAUACUCGGUGCAGAUUACAGGACAUUCCACUGUGAUUGCUUUGAUGGAUUCGACGGUGAUAAUUGUGGCAAUGGCCGCUUAUGCACCGAUGACAGUAGAAAUCCCGUCUGUCAAAAUGGUGGAACGUGCAGACAUGUCGGAGCUGAAGCUAUUCGAUGCCACUGUCCUCAUGGAUUUGCUGGAAAUCGUUGCGAGAUUCGUGUUACUAAUUCAUCAGACCCAGAGUAUUCCGGAGAAGGUUGCCUGAUUCAAUGUCCGUUGGUCAACCCAAAUGAACAACCUUGCAACUGCGCGAGUGGUGUAAAGAUCUGUAAUGUUACAGAUAGAUCCACAUACGAAUGCAGAAUAAAAUUGUCCAACAUGACGUCACUGCGCUCUAGUCUUGUACUUCAUGGGAGUCUGGACACUAUGCUGAGUAAAAAACUUGCAAAGUACUUGAAGAAUUGUAAUAUCUCAUCCGUGGAGGAUCUAAAAAUCCAGAAUGUGACAUCCACCUCCGAAGUGACUUUUCACUUUUUCGCAAAUUCCGAAGACGGCGACAAAAUUCGCGAGUCUCUUAAUCGUCUGGUGCAACAACGUCGACUCGGCGACAUAGCAUUAGAGUCAACGCACUUUACGUUCCAGCAAAAACCAGCAUUAAAGUUACAGACUUUGCGAAUGAAUCAAAUAAACGAACGAGAAGUUCGCUUGGGUGAUCAGUUCAUUCUAUCUUGUGUCGCCCAAGGAAGUCAUAAUCUCAACUUCACGUGGUAUAAGGAUAACAUGUUGGUCAAUAUGAGCAAAGCUACCAGAGAAAUUUGGUAUCGACAUCUACCAAAUGAUGGUUCCGAUCAACAUACGUCCCUUCUGAUGAUAGAUAAAGCAACGCUUUUGGACGCCGGCGAAUAUACAUGUCAGGUUAUCGAUUGGGGAGUGCAGCAAUGUAAAAGCGUUUAUAUAGAAGUUAGGGACGAGCCUGAUGUAAAAAUUAUCCCCAUGAGUGUUACCAUAGAGAAGGGUAGCGACAUACAAUUGAUGUGUAUGACCCCUAAUAUGCGUAGCAUAGGAAUUGGUUUUGGAUGGAGCAAGAAUCGUGCACUAUUGAAGCUCGAGCCAGGUAGUGAAGUAUGGGAAGAUCUUUACCCAGCUGGGAGUAUACUAAAAAUUUCUAAUGCUCAGAAAUCGGCCAUUUACACCUGUAACGUUGCCCACAAAUCAACAGCGGUUCGGGUGGAGGUAGUUAAUCGUACAAUGGUUCCUAUCUGUACCAGCGAAAAGGCGUGGCGGUUGGAUUGGCCGGACACUGGACCAGGAUCCGAAGCACUAUUGGAUUGUCCGCAUCAGUUUGUGGGUCGUCGUGUUUCUAGACUUUGUUCUAUGAAAGAUGCGACAACUCCCGAAUGGCAGUUACCAGAUUUCUCGUUAUGUUUAUACGAGCCAUUUUUCAGUCCUUACAAUAACUUUCAAAGUCUGACCAUGGGAUAUCAGAAUACGACGAGUUCGACGAUUGUCAUUGCACUUUGGAAUAUAUUAAAUUCACGUUCAUUAACUUUGUAUCCUGGAGAAGGAGAUCGGAUUAUAAAUAUCCUUGCAGAAAUCGAACACUAUCAAUACACUAUCAGUGAUCUUGCUGAUCUUCAUAAUUCGGCCGAAGCAUUCAUUCAGAUCAUCGAUCGAAUUCUGCACGAUGAAUACUCGAUCUUGAACCAGCAGAAAGUGUUGCUGCUCCAACAACUCUCACGACGUAAUUUAAUUUAUUGGACGAAUCGAUUAAAUAAUCACUGCAAGCAUCUCUGGCUCUCGUCACUCGUCGUUGACGUUAGACCUUUGGAAAUGGAUACUGAUAAAAAUGACGGGUCAACAAAAAAAUAUUACAUCCCAGACAAUGACUAUACUUAUCCCAUGUGGUACAACGACAGAAUAUCGAUUCGCUUACGCAAAAGACACUACGUGGUUAACAAUAAUAACAGUAACAAUACCUUAGGGGGAAUUAUAGUAGUUUAUAGAAAUUUAUCACGAUUCCUUCCACACGCCUACAGUAAGGAACUGAACGACGGGACGGAUCUUGAGUACAGAUUUAAUUCAAGAGUAGUUACCAUAGCCGUGUCAGCUAAUGAAGAAAUCAACGUUUGGGUGGAUCUGCAGAUGCAACAUUUGAACAAUUAUUCAGCAUCCUGGAAUAUAUCAUGUGGAGUCUUGAACCUUAUGGGUUCUUGGGAUUUGGAUAAAUGCGUAGCAAAUACUAUACCAGGAGGUUCUUAUACGAAUUGUUUAUGUUCCUCUACAGGAACAUUCGCUUUGUUCCAUACAGCACGUGCAGUAAGAGUGGUUCUGGCGACAAAAGAAAGAGCUACGUUUGUCGUGAUAUUAGGCUGUGGUAGCUGUUUGUUACAGUGCCUAGCGUCGUGUUUGAUACUUGGCUUCUAUUGGUGGAAAAAUCGUACCUGGUUAAAUUUUUUGAAAAUACAAUGCUGCGGCGCGCUUGUAUUCUCGAUGGGAAUUUUUAUUUAUGCCGUGCACAGUCAUUUGCCUGAGAAUUCAUUUUCUCUGGUGGCCAUUUGUCUUGAAGCUCUACUUCUGGUUGGCAUGUCCGCGCCUAUAUCGCAGGCACUUAUUGUUUAUGCUGAAUUAACACAUAUGCGACCACGUCAACAUUUUCAGCCUACGGUCAUUGCUGUGAUAACAGGUGUUCCGAUAUUGGCUGUAUUGGCAACGGAAUUGACUCACAAGAGCACCGGAUGGAGACACGAGUCUUGGUGGUUAAUAUCCGGAAGUGGAGUCUUCAAUAUAUUCGUCACUUGCGCCACAAUAAUGUUAAUGAUCUUCAUGCUACUGUAUGUCGGCGUACUUCACAAGACUCGAGCACUGGUCGAUGAAAAUGUCGUGAAAAAGGAAACGAUAGAGAUCAGAGUACGUAUAUUGCAUCGUGCCGCUGUAAUAAUAUGCGGCAUAAUAGCGAUGGAGGCUUCAUCCAUCUUUUACAUAAAUUCAUCGUCAGCUGUUUAUCAUUACGUAUUCGCUUCGUUUUCAUCUUUAUUAGGUUUCAUAGUGAUCGUUGCGUACGUGGUGAAUGGUGAGAUAAUGCUCGUGGCUCCACUAUUUCAAAAGCUCAAAUGGAGACCAGACGUCGAGGACGAGCGAACAACGGAGCCUAUAAAAGUGUGCUCAAAUAUUGGCGGUGAGGUUGAGAAUGACGCAGCACCAUCUUCACUGAUGAAUGAACCGUAUUUAGAAGUGCGAGGAGUAGCAGCCGGCAGUAUAGACAUGCGUGAAUAUAUAACAGAAUCGACUUUGUCAUAUUCGAAGACUUCCGAUCCAGCGCCGAGUAGAUUUUUGCCGAAAAUACGAAUCGAUCAUUCGGAGGAUAUUAACCUUGAGAAUUACAGUACCAGUCCACGUAAAUACCAGGAAACUAUGUCCUUCGAGACCGUCUAUCCUGGCAGAAGUAGCGGACACUAUACUCCAGAUUCGUAUGGGAUGAGCGAAAGGUCUACUUUUGGGGACUAUUCGAAAUUUGGUACGAGUAGCCUGGAGCGUCGGCGAUCACCAUCUUCUACGUCCAACGGCAUAAUACCGGAAGCGUCAUCAGCCAAAGUGUUGUGCAGUGCGGAAGUAGAGUCUCGAAUAGGCGUCGGUAGCGGUACCAUGCCUGACGUCACUCUAGCUAUUAAGAAGAGCGACGUAGAAUUGUUAACCAUUAUUGAAUCGAAAAGUAGAGAGCACAGUGGCACCAUGCCGGAUAUUGCAAAUACCACAGAACGGAAGCAACCGGAUGGUGAAGAGAAGGCACCAGAAAUUCUGAUAACUGAUUGUGAAAAUACCAGCACUGAUAUGCUUGAUCGUAUAUCUCACGAUCUUGAUUAUCUUCUUAACCGUACACACAGUAAGGAGGACGGCUAGAGACAUCUUCCGGAAGAAAACAGAACCUCCCUCUUCUACCGGUACCGGUAACACCUGACUUCCAUGAAUCGGAGAGAAUGGUCCUCGUGGAUAUUGUUGUUUACAGUGUGCGCAGAUUAAUGGCGUAACAGGGAAAAUUUUUAAGACUCUUUAGAAGCUCAUUUUCCCUGUCGCAAGAAAGUCUAUGUCUUGAAAUUAUAAGAGAUUAUUAUUCUCUCCCAUUUGUCAAGGUAUACAAAUAAACGUUUUUUAUAGGCGUA